CAUUUGGUGUGUGCUGCUUUUUCCUGUGCGAGGAUUAGGGAGUAGGAGAAUGGCUUUGUGAAGGAGGCUCGGAGAGAGGGAGCUGAAGAGAGGCUGAACAGAGGGGCCGAAAGACUUUAGCCUUUCAUAGUUCUUUCAGUCAAUUCAUUCUGGGAGACCAAUUGCAUGCGAUACGGCAGCUGGGGGUUUUGUUUUCCUUUCAGCUAUAUACUGUAGGAGAAGCUGAUAGCUGAUCAGCUUCCCUGGAUUUCGCUGACGCCACAGGAAAGCUUUGCCUGAAGAUGGAAACACUGGAGUCGGAACUGACCUGCCCUAUCUGUCUGGAGCUGUUUGAAGACCCGCUGCUGCUGCCUUGCGCUCACAGCCUCUGCUUCAACUGCGCGCACCGCAUCCUGGUCUCCCACUGCGCCACCAACGAGCCGGUGGAGUCAAUCACCGCCUUCCAGUGCCCGACCUGCCGCUAUGUCAUCACCCUCAGCCAGCGCGGUCUAGACGGGCUCAAGCGCAACGUCACCCUGCAGAACAUCAUCGACAGGUUUCAGAAAGCCUCGGUCAGCGGGCCCAAUUCCCCCAGCGAGACCCGCCGGGAGCGGGCGUUUGAUAGCAACAGCAUGUCGUCCUGCGAGAAGGUCCUCUGCCAGUUCUGCGACCAGGACCCUGCCCAGGAGGCAGUGAAGACCUGCGUUACCUGCGAGGUGUCCUACUGCGAGGAGUGCCUGAAAGCCACUCACCCCAACAAGAAGCCGUUCACCGGCCACCGGCUCAUCGAGCCCAUCCCGGACUCUCACAUCAGGGGAUUAAUGUGCUUGGAGCACGAGGACGAGAAAGUUAACAUGUACUGCGUGACUGAUGACCAGUUAAUCUGUGCCUUGUGUAAGCUGGUCGGGCGGCACCGUGACCAUCAGGUGGCAGCUUUAAGUGAGCGCUACGACAAGCUAAAGCAAAAUUUGGAGAGUAACCUCACCAACCUUAUUAAAAGGAAUACUGAACUGGAAACUCUUUUGGCGAAACUCAUUCAGACCUGUCAACAUGUAGAAGUAAAUGCAUCCCGCCAAGAAACCAAGCUGAUGGAAGAAUGUGACCAGCUCAUUGAAAUAAUCCAACAAAGACGACAAAUAAUUGGAACCAAAAUCAAGGAAGGAAAGGUGGUGAGGUUGAGAAAACUGGCUCAGCAGAUUGCGAACUGCAAACAGUGCAUUGAGCGCUCAACAUCCCUCAUCUCUCAGGCUGAACAGUCGCUGAAGGAGAACGAUCAUGCUCGCUUCCUGCAAACUGCUAAAAAUAUCACUGAAAGGGUUUCCAUGGCAACUGCAUCAUCCCAGGUUCUAAUUCCUGAAAUUAAUCUCAAUGAUACUUUCGAUACUUUCGCACUUGAUUUUACCAGGGAGAAGAAAUUGUUGGAAUGCCUUGAUUACCUUACAGCUCCCAACCCACCCACCAUUCGAGAAGAACUCUGUACAGCUUCUUAUGAUACCAUUACUGUCCACUGGACAUCGGAUGAUGAGUUCAGUGUGGUCUCUUACGAGCUGCAGUACACCAUCUUCACCGGACAAGCUAAUGUUGUUAGUUUAUGCAACUCAGCCGACAGCUGGAUGAUUGUUCCCAACAUCAAACAAAACCACUACACAGUGCACGGGUUACAGAGUGGCACUAAGUACAUCUUCAUUGUUAAGGCCAUUAAUCAGGCGGGCAGCAGAAGCAGCGAGCCCGGCAAGCUCAAGACAAACAGUCAGCCAUUUAAACUGGACCCCAAAUCUGCACAUAGAAAACUGAAAGUGUCGCAUGAUAACCUGACAGUGGAACGUGAUGAAACAUCCUCCAAGAAGAGUCACACACCAGAGCGAUUCACCAGCCAAGGGAGCUACGGAGUAGCUGGCAAUGUGUUCAUUGACAGCGGGCGGCAUUACUGGGAAGUGGUUAUAAGCGGGAGUACGUGGUAUGCCAUUGGCAUUUCUUACAAAUCAGCACCGAAGCACGAGUGGAUCGGGAAGAAUUCUGCCUCCUGGGUGCUUUGCCGCUGCAAUAACACGUGGGUGGUGCGGCACAACAGCAAAGAAAUCCCCAUCGAACCAGCGCCUCACCUCCGGCGGGUGGGGAUUUUGCUGGACUAUGACAACGGUUCCCUUGCUUUUUAUGAUGCUUUGAACUCCCUACACCUUUACACCUUUGACAUUACAUUUGGGCAGCCGGUGUGCCCCACAUUCACUGUGUGGAAUAAGUGUUUGACCAUUAUAACUGGCUUACCUAUCCCUGACCACCUAGACUCCUCCGAGCAGCUUGCGUGACUGCUAAAAGCCAAAAGGUAGGACGACGCAUCUACCCAGGGCAGCCAGCCCACAGGAGCUUGCCCGGAGCUGGUGGACCAUGUGGCAUCCUGGCUGUCACUGCCAAAUCCGGCCAGAACUGAAAAGGGGAGAACAUCUCUUUUCUGUGUACUUUGUAUGGAAGGACAAGAAGUGGCUUUAAUAAUUUCUUAGAACUUUCUUUUGCAGUUGGUUUUGUUUGGUUGGUUUUGUAUUUAGUCUCUUACAGGAAGAUUUAUAAAUUAUUUAUAAAAAAAACAAAACAAAACAAAACAAAACAAAGAGAGAGAAGGGAAAGCAUGGUUUGGACACCUGGAAAAGGACUUAUUUGUUUUGCACAUUGAUGGUCCUAUUAACUAAGUUUUCAUCAGCCCUUUACAUCAUUUUAUUUUACAGAGGAUAAAAGCAGGAAAUUGGAAGGAUGAAAGCUGUGCGGUGGACAAGUCAGUGUACAGCAGGUUUUAUUCAUGCCAAUAUUAGCACUCUCAUUACCAGUCUUGUUGAGUGCAAGAUCUCCUAAUUUCUACUUUCCACAUGGGAGUGUGCAGACCAAAAAGAACAAAAAUAAACAAGCGAGGAAGUGGAGCUAGCCAACAGAGCAAAAGAAGAAAUUUUAAUUUACCUCUGUUCACAGAGCAGUGCUCUCUCUGUUCAUAAAAAACAUGUGGAAUAUCUCCUAGAAAUGUGAGUGGAAAAAUCAUCUAGCGAUUUAUUUUAUUGAUGGCAACGUUCCCAUCUACCAGUGCUUCGUCGUUAAGAAACAUUGUAGAAUCACUGAGGAUGUGAAAGACUGAUACCAUCUCGGAAAAUCAGCAGCACUGGAGAAGAGCAGCCAAUCCAAGGUCUGACUGUAAACUAAUUUGAUAAAGCACGGCAUCAUUUAAGGAUUGAUUGUAAUAGAAGAUGUCACGGUUCUGAUGGUAGACAUGUGAAUGCUUAUUGCUGAUUUUGCAAGGUUCAACAUAGCAAGCCCAGCCAACAACUCGGAAGUGAGACAUGCGCCACUUUACCAUGCCUUUUAAAUUAAAUACAAAUGUUUCAUUGUCAUACACUAUGUAGUCUCUAUCACAAAGCAAGGAAAUCUGUUUUACAUGUACUGUACGGGGAAACACUGCAGCCGGGGUUUGCUCAUAGUUAUCAUUGUCCUAGGUUGUUUGGGAAAGCACAGCUCUCGUUGUGAAUGAGGAGUAAAUAACAAGUGUUCAGUAGGAAUCUGCACAGGCAGGCCCUAUAUUCAUCCUGGUGUUGGGGGAUGAUCUUCAGUGAAGGCAAUAGGAUUUGUACCUACUUUAUCUCAAAGUUGAAUCAGGUGCAUUUUUUUCUCUUUUCCUUCUACAGAAUAGAAGCCCUUUGUAAUUACUACAAAGCUUAUGUAUAAAUGAUCAUUUUGGGAGAUGCUUGAGGCAUAGGGCAACUUUAAAGGAAUGGUUUUCCUACAGUGUUUUGUUGUUACUAUGCAAGGAGUGAAAAUCUGCCUGCAUAGAAAAAGGAUGAAUGGAAUAUCAGCUUUAAGAAAAGAUUUGCUCAGUAAUUUAUAACCAUGCUUUAGGUGUCUUUUCAAAAGGAUGCCUUAAUGCACUUUGUUCACUAACGGGUGCCAAAUGGAAGAUGGUCCCGAGCUCAGCUUCAGAUUUUUUAAAUACUGAUUCUCUAGGUACAAAGCCGUACUACAGUUUGCCUUAUGAUGAUGUAGAAAACUUAUGAGCAAGAUGAGGAAUACAUUCAUGCCUAUUUGGGUUUUUCCUUUUUUUAAUAGGAAAUAAACACCUAUCCAUGUUCCUUUGAUUUCCCUUUACAUGUCAUGCUAACUGCUGAAUUAAACGGAGAAAAGUCUGGCAGUAAAUUGCUGGUAUUAUGGGUUUUUCAGCUGGGGCGGCAUCCUAUCGUUCACGGGUAGGAGCCACUGAUCUUUCCAGAGUUGAUAUAAAUAAGAGAAAAUGUGUACAUAUAGUGAACUGCAGUGUUUAUCAUAGUGUCUUUAAUAAUCAAGAAAUGUAUGCCCUCAAAAAUGAAAAUGUAAAUUUCCCAAACAUUACAUUUUAUAAUUAGAGCACAACGUUACCAACACAAUCUGAUAUACAUUGCUCAGAUGAUCUGGCCUGGGAUGUUUGGGAGGUAGCUGAGAUGGCAUGAAAAUUAUUAUAAUGAGUUGACAGGACAUGACUGAUGCAAAGCAAUGAUAAAAAGACACAGGAGGAAAGAAGUUUUAGUGUAGGAUUAUUGCCGAGUUUCUGCCUAAAAGGAAAGGGUGUAUUACCAAAGUACGUGUAGCAAGGCUGUGUAUCUUCUCUUUUGCCAGAAAUAUUAACUCUAGAAGCUGAUUUCAGUAGUGGACAAACUGAAAACACUGUUCAGUGUUUGGCUAUACAAAGUUGGCAGAGAUUGAGCUGGAUGGAAGUGAUACCAUAAAUUUGGAAAGAUCCCAAAUGAUCUCACAUAUUUUCAUUGUAAAGAUAGACCGUGAGCCUAAAGACAGAUCAUUGUUUUAGCCAAUGGGAAAAUAAUGGUCUGUUAUCUACAGGCCUUGCUGUAUCAUUUUUAUUUUAACACAGAAUACUUCAUUUGGAGCUAAACCACAUUUCUCCAGUGGACUAUUAAUUCAGUCAGUAGUCUUUGUGCAUAUAUGUUUGUGUAUAUAUGUACACAUAUGUAUGGGUACACACACACCAGUAUAUGCACAAACAGUGUGUAAUUUAUGUAUAUGCACACAUACAUAUAUAUACACACAAACUGACAGUAAUUAGUCAGGUGUUCCUUUUUUCCUUGUUUCUUGAACAAUUUCAUAUUGUGUAUGACUAUGAGGAAACAAGUUUGCUAUGAAUGGUAUUCUUCUGGACAUUUUUUAACAAACAAAAUCUGUUUAUUUUACAAUACUUGAUUCAAUGCCUGAUUAAUCAAUAAAAACAUCCAUUCAAAAAUGUAGCUUCUGUGGUCUGUGGCAUUUUGCAUGGUCCAUAGUAAUCAAUUUAAACCUGUGGGAACGGUAAUCCUCAUGUAAAAAUAAACCAUGGUACUUUAUCGUAGUGUGCAGUCUUAGAUGAGGGGGUUUCCCUGACUUUUGAAAAUUUUGUGACUAGGAGUGAGGUAGCAUUGUAUAACAAAGGCAGAUUUUUGAGGAAUAGUCUGCUGAGAUGCAAGCAAUGAAUGUAGUAGAUCAAGCAUGUGUUGGUAUGAUUGUUUCAAAGGUGCAUUUAGAAUCCAAGCUGGGAUUCAGCAGAGUUAGAGCAAACUAUAGCACAGUCUCUUUAGAAGACAGUAGCAUCAGCUCAGAGUAGUCAAAGCUUGAGGUAGUGAGUCGGUGGGGUAUUUUUUUCUCUUUGAGGCCAGAUAAGAUUUGCCAUGUGUUAGGCUCUCAUGUGUUA